AUGGCGCGCUCCUCCGUGGUCCAAGAAUACGAGCCCGCAUCCACCAUCAGCGUCGACCAAAAGUCCGCGGCCGAGCUCCAAAAGUACCGCAUAGCUCGUCCGCAAGGCUAUCGCGUAUCAUGGCACGCCAACCCAGCCGUUGAAGGCCACCAUUUCGGCCAGUCACACCCAAUGAAGCCAUGGCGCCUUACCCUCACCAAACAACUCGUCAUGGCGUACGGAAUGCACCACGCCAUGGACCUCUACCUUGCGCGCGCAGCUACCCAUGAAGAAAUGGCCGACUUCCACGAACAAGACUACCUCGACUUCUUGCGCCAAGUCAUGCCAGGCGACAUUGACAAAUCCGAGAAAAAUGACGAGGUCGUCCGCUUCAACUUUGGUGACGACUGCCCCAUCUUCGACGGCCUCUACGACUACUGCUCCCUCUACGCCGGCGGCACCGUGGACGCUGCCCGAAAGCUCUGCAACAACCAAUCCGAAAUCGCAAUCAAUUGGUCCGGCGGUCUUCACCACGCCAAAAAAUCAGAGGCCUCCGGCUUCUGCUACGUCAACGAUAUCGUCCUCGGCGUCCUCCAACUCCUCCGCCACCACCCGCGCGUCAUGUACAUCGACAUCGACGUCCACCACGGCGACGGCGUCGAACAGGCCUUCUGGUCAACAGAUCGCGUACUCACCGUCUCAUUCCACAAAUACGACAGAGAAGGCUUCUUCCCCGGCACCGGCGCUCUCCACGAAACAGGCCCCUCUCACCCCCUCAACCCAGGCGCCCAUCACGCCUCCUACAUUGCCCUCUACGAGGAAAUCGUCGGCGCCUGCGUCGAAACUUACCGUCCCGGCGCUAUCGUCCUCCAAUGCGGCGCCGACAGUCUGGGCUGUGACCGACUGGGAUGCUUCAAUUUGAAUGUUCGCGCCCACGGCGCCUGCGUCGCUUUUACCAAGACUUUCAAUUUACCCCUCCUUGUCGUCGGAGGUGGUGGAUACACGCCGCGCAACGUCUCCCGCGCCUGGGCUCACGAAACCUCCAUUCUACUUGACGCGGACAAGGAUCUCGACUCGACGAUUCCGGAAACCGUCGCGUUCCGCAAUCACUUCGGUCCUGACUUCUCGUUGUUCCCGCCCUUGUCGGAAUUGCGGCAUCUGGAUAAUAAGAACCCCAGACCUUAUCUCGAGAGUCUGGUUGAGGCGGUUCAUGAGCAGUUGAGGUAUAUCCAGGGUGCGCCCAGCGUUCAGAUGAGCUUUAUUCCGCCGGAUAUCCUGGGUCUACGGGAGGAUACCGAGAAAGAGAUUGAGGAGCAGACUUUGUUGGCGGAGGAGGAAAGGGAAGAGUACGAUGGUGGCGGCUCGGUGUCUGCUGCGGCAUCAGUGGUUGGUGGGUCGGGCAUGGCUUACACUGGCUCUGCGGGCGCGAUUCCUCGCUCCACUCGGCGGAACCAGGAGCAGGGCGCUGGAUAUAAGGGGGAGUUGUAUUCAUAG